AUGUCAGUGUUCAGGGUGCAGCCGACACCCUUAGGUAGCCUCCUUUUUGUCCUCUUCCUCCUCCACUCGCAGCUGUGCUUUGCAGCUGUUAAUAACCCUGCCUGUGAUGCCGUACCAAAUCCCAGCCGUUUGGACUGUCAUCCUGAGCCUAUGGCGACGGAGGCAGAGUGCCUCCAUCGUAACUGCUGCUGGAGUCUCGUUGAUCACGACCGCACAAUCGCCUGCUACUUCCCAGCCAACUAUCCCACUUACAAACCAACUGGGAAAAUCUUCAGAUCUGGUUGCGGUUUUUUGUUAUCUGCAAAAAGAUUGCCCGGUGCUUACUCCGUGCCUCCGGAACCGAUAGACGAAGUACAGAUGAAUGUUGCUUUUGAAACAGAAACGCGCGUUCGGGUGCGCAUUACCGACCCCCAUGCGGAGCGCUGGGAACCAGAUUUGGAACUCGAUCCACCAGAUUCUCAGUGUCCGAGAAAUAUGAAGUACUCCGUGGCUGUGGAUAUUAGUAGAUUGGGCUUCAGUAUCUCACGUGUGGAAGACCAAGGUAAGGAGGUGGUUCUCAUCGACUCCACUGGGCUUAUGGCCAGCGCUUUCGUCUAUGCGAAUCAGUUCCUCCAAAUGGCUUUUAAAGUACGCGCUAUUCAUGGUUAUGGUCUGGGGGAGAGGGAGGACUCUUUCCCCAUCGACAUGCAUGACUGGAAGAGGAUGGUAUUCUGGGCUAGAGACGAUAUACCCCGACCGAAUGCCAACCUCUACGGCGUUCACAACUUCUUCCUUGGAUUGUCUCCUGAUGGCACGGCAUUUGGAAUGUUCUUCUUAAACAGCAACUCUAUGGAGGUGACUAAACAGCCUCUUCCAUCACUCACCUUCCGUACAACUGGGGGAAUCCUCGACUUCUUCCUUUUUGUCGGUCCAACACCGAACGAGGUCGUCGCCCAAUAUUACCAACUAAUUGGUCACCCGCCGGUGCCACCCUAUUGGGCUCUUGGUUUUCAACUCUGUCGUUAUGGCUACACAGGAGUGGAGGAGAUCCGUGAGACCGUUGAAAGAAAUCGCAAAGCAGGUAUCCCGCAAGAUGUACAGUGGUUGGAUAUCGACUAUAUGGACGUCUAUCGAGAUUGGACGCUGUCGAAGAAGGAUGAAUUCAAGGGCUUGGCACAGUUCUUCUACACUGAACUACGUGAAAAGUAUGGUCUUCGGACAGUGAUCAUCGUCGACGCGGGUAUUCCUUCUCAGGCCGGCGAUGACUACGCACCGUACCAGAAGGGUCUAGUUGCUGGAGUCUUCGUGAAUGACAGCCGGACAGGGAAGCCACUUAAAGGACUGGUAUGGCCAGGUGAGACGGUGUAUCCCGAUUUUACAAAGAAUGAAACCCUCCAGUGGUGGUAUGAAUGUGCAAGAGACUUUCAACAACAGCUCCCAUACGAUGGUCUCUGGAUCGAUAUGAAUGAACCAUCCAAUUUCAUAGAUGGCUCGAACCAGGGUUGCGACCACUCUAGUCGACUAGACUACCCUCCAUACACUCCACAGGUAUCCGGAGGUAGCCUCUCCUUCCGAACCAUCUGUCCAUCGGCUCUUCACGCCAACGGUGUUCCACACUACAACCUCCACAAUUUGUACGCCCUCGAUGAGGCUAAAGCCACCUACAGAGCACUACAACGCAUCUUCCCGGGAAAAAGAACUUUCAUCCUCACUAGGUCCUCGUUUGCAGGAGCGGGGAGGUACACAGCUCAUUGGUCUGGUGACAUCACUUCAACGUGGAGUGAGAUGGCUGCCUCAAUUCCUCAGAUGAUCAACUUCAACCUCUUUGGCAUCCCAUUCUUCGGGGCAGACAUCUGUGGCUUCGUCGACAACACCACCGAGGAGCUCUGUAUUCGCUGGAGCCAAUUGGGUGCAUUUUAUCCCUUUUCACGGAACCACAACACCCUUGGAGCGCGACUUCAAGAUCCCGCAGUUUGGUCCACUCAAGCUCAAAAAGCGAUAGCGAAAGCACUCGAUAUGCGCUACCAACUGCUGCCUUAUUUGUACACCCUCCUUCAUGGAGCAAAGAAUCAUGGAAGAAUGGUGGUUAAGGCUCUAGCUUUUGACUACCCCACUGAUCUGGCAACUCAUCACAACGCCAAACAGUUCCUCCUCGGUUCUUGUCUCAACGUGGCUCCGGUUCUGGGCGAAGGGAUGGACUUUACACCGCUUUAUUUACCACAGGGAGAAUGGGUGGAGUUCUCAAGCCUAAAGCGUUAUCAGUCCUUGGGGAAGUUCUACCCCGUUCCUGCACCACUGGACAAAAUCCCAGUCUUCUACAAGGCUGGCUGCAUUCUACCAAUGCAUCCGUCUGGGCCAAUAAACACUCAGGAAGCUAGGAAGAUGGGCAUUGGUGUCACUGUAGUGCUACUAAAUGGGACGGCGGGCGGAGAAAUGGUGUGGGACGAUGGGGAGACGGAGGAUGGCGAAGUGUUGAAUGUCACCUUCGGUGUCAUACACCAGAAGCUAACGGCAAAUGCGAUUAUCAACAAAGGAGGCAGAGUCGGUCCAGUAGGGCCAGUGCCACUGGCUUUCAUUCGGAUAAUCGGUAUCACACGAAAACCUUCAAUUGUCAACCUCAAUGGCACAAAGUGCGAUUUCACCUUCAACUCCAAAACCGAACAGUUCACCGUGACCAAAUUCACCCAGCCCAUCGAUUUAAAAGAUUCAUGGGACCUCACGUGGGACUGGUAA